AUGCUUCUAAGUACCACCUUGACACGAUUCAUCGAUGACCUCGAAAUCUUGAGCUAUAAAAGAGGUGAUAAAUUUCGACAUGUUUACGGACGUAUUCCUGAGCGGGUUGUAGCAUCAUUAGCCGCUCCUUGCUUAUUUAUCGUGUCAUUCUCCGUGGUAACAGCUUAUAGCAUUUUUCAAAUCAUAAUCACUUCUCGUCUGCAAAGAUUUAGAAAAGCUGAAAAGAAUGUCUUGUGGACAAUGCUACCUUUCAUUAUAGGUGGGUUAUUUGAAGUCAUUGGUUAUAUUGGAAGAGCAACAUCACAUUCAAACGUUACUUCUCUAUCGCCAUAUAUUAUACAAUCAGUUCUUUUAUUAGUGGCACCAGUGCUAUUUGCAGCAUCAAUAUAUAUGUCUCUUGGUAGAUUAAUUGCUUGCUUGGACUGUGCGGAGCACUCAAUAAUCCCAAUAGAAUAUUUGUAUUUGGUGAUGUUGUGUCUUUUCUUAUGCAAUCUAAUGGUGGCGGUAUAA